UAGGGUGCGUCGUAACUGGGAAAAUGACCUUAAAUGUCAAAAUAAUCCUUUUCCUUCGCCAUUUUGUAUUUGUUGUCGAGUUGGUCAUUAUAAUCUUAUUACAAUAUUUUAUUGGAUUGCCCCAAUUUUAUUUUUCCAUAUUUCUCGUAUAUUCCGUUAUAGUGGCGUCCAAGUCGAAGAAAAUUUACACCAUGACGGCCCACGACCAAAUGCGGGCUAUGCUGGAUCAGCUUAUGGGAACAGGAAGAAAUGGAGAAAAUAAUAAGUUUCAAGUGAAAUUCAACGAUCCCAGAGUUUGCAAAUCGUUUUUACUGGCUUGUUGCCCUCAUGAGAUACUUUCCUCCACGAGAAUGGACUUGGGUGAUUGUCCCAAAAUUCAUGAUUUGGCAUUGAGAGCGGAUUUUGAAAAAGCCCAGCAAACAAAAGAUUACUUCUAUGAUCUUGAUGCCAUGGAACAUUUGCAAGCCUUUAUAGGUGAUUGUGACAGAAGAACUGAAGCUGCUAAACAACGUUUAGCUGAAACCCAGGAGGAACUAUCAGCGGAAGUUGCUGUGAAAGCAAACAAUGUUCACGAACUUGCUGAACAAAUUGGACAGAAGUUGGCUAAGGCAGAACAACUUGGAGAAGAAGGUUUCGUGGAUGAGAGCAUGAAGCUCAUGGAGGAAGUAGACGAAUUGAGGAAAAAGAAAUUAGAUGCGGAACAAGAAUAUCGCAACUCUAUGCCUGCCAGCAGCUACCAACAACAGAAGCUGAGAGUUUGUGAGGUUUGUUCAGCGUAUCUAGGUAUCCAUGACAAUGACAGACGAUUGGCCGAUCAUUUUGGUGGAAAACUCCAUCUUGGUUUCAUUAAAAUCAGAGAGAAACUGACGGAACUAGAGAAAACCGCUGAGAAGAGAAGAGAGGAUAAGAAAAGAGCUGGUAAAGAUAGAGAUCGUGACAACAGAGAUGAUAGAUUCGAUAGGCGUUACCGUGAGCAUUACGUUGGAGGAAGAGAAUUGGACAGAAGAUCCAAACGUCACAGGUCAAGGUCUAGGGAACGCAAAGAAAAAGAACCCCGCAAAGAAAGAGAUGAUGAAGGAAGCAAGAGCAGCCGGUCAUAUAGAUCCAGAUCAAGAAGUCGUGAUCGCGAUCGCAGAUCUCAUUCUCGUCAUUCAGGUUCAAGCGAUAAAAAGAGGGAGCGUGAUAGGGAUUAAUACAGUUGUUAAGAAAAGUUUUGGGAUAAGUUUUGGUUACAUUUAUGAAUAGUAUGUUUUUAUACUAUAAUGAAAUUGUAUUAUAGCUCUGGUAACAAGAUCAUGAUAUAGUUUUGACAAAUUCACUUCAUUUUCAAAUUUUUAUUCAUGUUAUUGAAGCUUACUGUUGAAGGCAAUUUUUUUGGAUGAGUUUUCUUUCAAUUAUAUUUCAUGAUACUUCAGCUCGUAAAACUAAAAUUACAAAUUUUGGUGUAUUUGACAUUCAAUCAAAUAAAAUUCUAUAGUGAAUACAUCUUUUCUAACUUCUUAGGUCAAAUAAAAUCUCUGAAGUAAUUUUGUUAUGAUGUUUUUCUGUUCUCAAAAAGUGAACACCUUGGUUUUGUUCACUUUGUUAAUCCUGCAGUGAGUGUUUCAAAGAUUCAAACUGCUGUCCACACAGUGUUCAUCAUCUGGGAUGUUCUAAGAAUCAGCUGAAAUGGAUUUGAACGUAAACUACAGAAAGAAUUUUUGGUAAUACCUACUUUAUUAGCUUUAAGACUAUAAUUUUGUUGAUUUGUACUAACUGUAUCUAUAGAUUUGUUGAUUAUUUUAUUAGCGUCCCUAGGAAAUAAUUCUCAACUCUGUUCAAUGUAUUAGAUAGUGUAGAUACUUAAUAUAUCAAUCAAUAUAUCAUGUAAUGCUUUGGAAAUAAAUAUAAUGUUGAGAUCUUA